CUCUAAUCUGUCCGAGCCAAGGGCACUGUCGACACGACACGGAGCGCGCGCCUCUCUGCUUGUUUCCAUCUGCUGUCCAACGUCUAAAGCUGCCUGUCUUCCGAUCUACGCAGACCACUUCGUUCUGGUAAACUCGCGGAUCCAUCCCUGGACUAUCAUUGGCGUGGAAGUUGCUAACAUGUCCAAUAGACCCUCCAGGUCUUCUAGUAUCCCAGUUCGGGCCACAAUCACUUCCUCUCCUGCUCGCAACAUAGAGUCUGUGAUUUCUAUGCCUUCCUCCAUCAGUACAGGCCAGCCCCGCCCUCGGGUCAUGACCCAAGCAUGGUCGCCAAGAACCGCUUCAGUGGGUGAACAAAGAUCUCUCGGAGCUUCCUACGUUGUACGCCGGAACAACACUGUCGCAUCAAGCCUGCCGACAAGGACUGGUGCUCUGCCUUUGGCACAUUCCGUCUCCUCCGGUCGAGGGACCACUGCUCCCUAUCCUACUUAUGAACCUCGCGUGAUUAGAGCUGACGGGGCUCGCAAUGCGGACGCCACCUGUCCGUCAUCUUCGUCGGUGUCACCUCGUGCUCGACGACCAAGUGGUGCUGGCCCAUCCAGGGCACCAAGCACCCAGAGGUCUUCUGCACCGUAUCUCACCACCAGUUCAGAGCCAGUGCCAUUUCCUCGCCCAGCCUAUCUAGAACAUUCUGCUCUGCGCGACCUGUUACAGACGGAAGCUCCAUCUUUACUUCCCCCAUGCGGAUCACAGACGACUACUAGAGUGGACAGUUCAUCUAGUGGGAGCAGAUCCCGCAGAUCUCCCUCAGUCGAUAGUGACGAAGAGGACUCCAGCCCACCCAGGGAAUUGCGCAAAAGCCCACCUCCCGUAGUUUCAGCAUCCCUGCCUGCGUUGUUAUUACCCACCCGGUGGUGUGACGAGUACAGGAACGCACUCCUCAGCGUAUCGGGCGAUGGAAGAGACCUCGUUUAUCAGGGAACCCCAACCACAUCUGAGAAAGACACUGCCACUGCUCGUACAAUUGUUCCCGUCCCUUCUGCAUGUGGCAUAUAUUACUUUGAAAUCGAGUUGACAGGCAAGGCCUCAAAGAGCCGUGUCAGCAUUGGCUUUGUAGGUCGCGAUGUCAAACUUUCCCGCUUACCAGGGUGGGAGAAGAAUUCCUGGGGAUAUCAUGGUGACAGUGGCACUAUAUGCUCUGGGGACAGGAAUGGCACGACCUUUGGAACUACGUUUGGAGUGGGAGAUAUCAUUGGUUGUGGUAUGGACUUCUGCCAGAAUAAGGUGUUUUACACCAAGAACGGCUCCAUGUUGGGUACUGUAUUUGACAAUGUCGGAAAGGAUGGCGAUGUCUAUCCCUCUGUUGGACUGUGCCACACCGGAGAAUCCAUCCGAGCAAACUUUGGUCAGGAUCCUUUCAAGUACGACAUAGAAGACCACGUGCUGCAACAGCGUAACCAAACCUGGACCAAGAUCCAGCUUGCUCCCCUCAAAUGGCCCAAUGAAAGUAUUUCCCACGAAACUCCCGAAGAGGACGUGAAGAUGUCGAUAAAUGAACUUGUACUUGCGUAUCUGUCUCAUCAUGGCUACGUUCGUACAGCUCGCGCUUUCGAGGCCAGCUGCAAUAAUAGGGGAGGGCUAUCAGCCUCACUGUUGCCAGUGGUCCCAGUGGUACCAUCCACUUCAACCCAGGGCCGUGCUAUGGAAAUGGAUAUGGGGAAAGACACCUCUGUGGCUGCGUCUUCCACCCGCAGACCUUCCAAUUUAGCAACAACCGACGACAUUGAGGUCCGCACACACAUCGUACAAUCCGUUAUAGCUGGUGACAUCGAUACCGCACUAGCGCAAACACGAGCACAUUACCCACUUGUUCUUGAAGCGGACAGUGGAAUCAUGCUUUUUAAGCUCCGUUGCAGAAAGUUUGUUGAGCUCGUGUUAGAAGCAGCGGAGAUGAAGAAGAAAAUGCGAGCGGAGGAAUGUGGAAUGAGCGUCGAGUUCGCGCACCACGACGAUGCACUGAAUGGUAGCAACACUAGGACCUUUGAAGAGGGCACAGACAUGGACGUGGAUGAUGAAAUGUUGGGAAUGGGGAUGGACAGCCUUGCUAACGGGUCUAGGGUUUAUCCUGAUGUUCGUCCUGGGACUGCACGGGCGGCUCCUAUUCCAACGUCCUCGACUGCCACUUCGGCAGCCGCCACGGCUGCCCAGUAUGGCGCUGCCCUUGAAAGGGCCGUAACGUACGGGCAGCAGCUGGAAGCAGACUACAAACAUCGCUCGGAGGUCCGGACGAUUUUCAAACGAAUGACCGUAAUCAUGGCCUAUUAUGACCCUCUUGAGGCUGGAGGUGAUGCGGCCGAAGUCGCCGGACAAUCUGCAAGAGUGGCACUUGCUACAGAGCUGAAUCAAGCUAUUUUGCAAUCCCAAGGACACCCCACACAACCCUUGUUGGACAGGUUAUACCGCCAGACCGCCGUAUGCCUCACUCAGUUGGCCUUGCUGGGUAACGGAGCUGCUGCGUUCGCAGAUAUUCAAAAGGAAUUUCUCGAUAAUUGAUGAACAGCACUACCACAGUCUAGGAACGCAGCAGCGAUGGACUCAGGUUCCAAACAAAGGACUUUGUUAUUCCGUAUCAUUGAUGUAAAGUAAUACGGCAGUGAAGUCGAACGUGUCCAACCUUCAUCUAUAACUUG